CACUGACAAGAAAUUUACAUACCCCGAACCGUGACCUAAAAAAGUACACGACUACCAUAGCAGGAGGUAGUGUCUCAGUUUUCCUCACAGUCUACAUCUCCGGCUCUCUUAUAGUCUAUAGCAUCUGUCAGUGUUACAGGACUAACACAAUGGGUUCUCUCUGUUAGGACCCUCAAAUACUUAUUCUACUGAACCCUGAAAUCUGGCCGCUCAGGGUCAGUAUUAACUGAGAAAGCAGGGGGUCAUUGGUUCCUGCCCUGAGGGGGCUAAGGCUAUUGGAUUAAUGAUUGCACAGGUUUGAUAAGUUUAAAAUAUUGGGAAAAAAAAAUCAGCCACUGAUCAGCAAGGGUUGAGCCAGUGAGACUGAGUGGGCUGUUGAGAGAUUCUGUCAGUUUCUGGGAAAUCAGAGCUUAGUCUCUAACUGGAUGUGACGGUGAUUCCUGCGUGGGGUGGCUUACCGGAGACCCUCAGCCAUUGGACAACCACUCUUUACUGCCCUAUGGGGUGCCGGGAUUUUUAGUCAGUCUAGAUGAUGCGCGUACACUGUUCGUGUGGUGCAGCUUACUGCACAAGUAACACCUACGUUCCUGUCCAGAACCAAAGGGGUCAGAAUAAAGAACACAUGAAGUUUUCACCUGUAGGAAAGUUUAACUAUUUUCACGACCAUUUGAAGAUGCCGCCAAAUGACACCCAUGCUCGAAAGAAAAAUCGAAAAUCGGCCAUGGCCAUAGUGCAGGAACUGGGGUCCGAAAGUAAUGCACAUGGUCUAGCGAAAAUCGCCAUGUCACGAAAAACUAAACGAAAAGUGAUGUGGUCUCUGCUGGUGAUAAUUGGGUUUACGGCGGCCGCCAUACAUUUGUCAUUCCUUGUGAUAAAGUACCUACAGUACAAUGUGGUGGAAGUCUCCGAAAUGAAGGACGGAAUGCCGGUGGAAUUUCCAUCGGUAACAAUCUGCAACACGCAGGCUUUAUCGCUUACCAAACUGAAGGACAGAAUGAAUGAAACUCCCGAUAUCAACAACUGGUUUCAAUUUAUUAGCAAUGCAAACUUUGGUGAACACUUCUCGCGAGUGGAGUCUGUUCAGGGAUUUUACGAGAAUUUAUUCCAGGAAGCCAAAAACGUGGGCCAUGAAAUAAACGAUACGUUACUUCACUGCCGAUUCAAUCAAAGGCCGUGUCACCCUCACAACUUCACUCGAUAUUUCAACGGCAAGAACUACUAUAACUGCUACACGUUUAACAGUAAGAUGGGGGACCAUAACAUGCAGUAUAUGCAUACCACCGGUCCCCAGCAUGGCCUCUCAAUCGUCAUGGCACUUGACAAUGACGACCCUCCACUAGGGGCAUACGGACUCUACAACCAAGAGAGUAACAUUGAGCACACCGCUGGACUGAGGGUCCAGGUUCAUGCCCCUCAGACGAUGCCCAGCCCCAUGGAUCACGGAUUUGACAUCCCUCCUGGGUAUUCGUCCUCCGUGGGUCUAAAAGCAGUAAUGAAUUCAAGGAAACCUUAUCCUUAUGGAAACUGUACAUAUGACAGACUUAAGAGAUACCCAAAAUACAGGAAUACGAUAUUCUCCUGUUUCCAGUUGUGUAAGCAAGAGAUAGUGAUCCGCGAGUGUCAGUGUCGGACCUCUGGACUCCCAAGCACUCCGGAACAGAAAAAUCUGUCUUACUGCGGGACAUUCCAUCACUGGCAGAACUUAUUCCAACAGCUAAGUAAGUCUGGCUCAUUCAAUAGAACACACCUGUACAACCAGAAACUGGACUGUGAGGUCAAGGUGCUCCACCGUCUCUCUAACGACCGCAGUUACGAGGUCGGGUGUGGGUGUUUCCAGCCAUGUCAAGAAACCUCCUAUCAAAAAUCCAUCUCCCUCUCGUACUGGCCCCUCGAGUUUAACCAGUACAACGCCUUACAGACAUUUUAUGGAAUUUUAGAAGAUUCAAAUCGGAUAAAUAAUUCCUUCAUGUCAGAGGCUUAUUACAAUCUUCAUGGAAUUAUUAAGAAAUAUGAGCCACUGGCUCAAAACAUGACUGGAGAAAAUGCGGAACAAUUAUUACAUGCCGAUAUUCCGAUGGAUGAGAGACGAAAGCAGGCCCGUGCCACUCAACUCAUUCAUCAAAAUCUCCUUCGUUUGAAUGUUUAUUUAGAAGACCUUAGUGUCAUAGAAUUUAAGCAGAUGGCUGACUAUGAUAUAGCAGAUUUACUGUCAGAUAUCGGAGGAACUUUAGGACUGUGGAUGGGGAUUUCGAUUCUGACAAUUAUGGAGUUAGUGGAACUCGCGAUUCGACUGGUUGCCAUUUUAUUCAAAUCGGAAAAUAGGUAUCCUGAUCACAUGGAUGACCACAGUUCAGCCAAUGGAAUUUUAGAACACUCGACAGAGAGGGCGAUAUACCCCCAAGAUACAUAUGAUCCAUACACACAGCCUGAGUUUCAGAGUUUUGAAAAAAAUGAUUAUGGUCGGACUACAAACGAUUUACCUCCCGACUCGCCUAUCUGAAAUUUGUGUUUUCAUUGAUUUCUUGGUUAAACUGACGAUUUGAAUGUGUCUGUGAUAUAUUGUUUCAAAUGGAAUAUGUAUACAUGUGUAAUGUGAAAACACUCUGUUGCAGUGAAGAUUUUAUUGAUCAAAUCUCUCAGAAAGUUAAAAUCUGGAACCAUUCAUUGUGCAACUGCAAAUGUUUAAAUCAUCAUUCACAUAAGUAUCUAAUAAACCAUUAUUACAUAAAUCAAUCAACGUUUUUUUUUUAACAGACUUGUGCUUCAUACUCAGUUAAAAAAAUCUUGAGGUAUAUUUUUUCAUUUUAUUUACAGCCAAUCAGCAAUAAGCAAUGAUACAUACAUCAAUGCACAUUUUAUGGCCAUUAAAAGGAUGAAUAAAUAUGAUUUAUACA